AAUAACGCAGCCACAGUCCCACGGCAGAGUCAAAGAGGGGAAGAGAGCAGGGAAGGGAGCGCUCCUCUUCUCUUCUUUGGUCGGGCCCUUUCUCUCUCCUUUGUCUACUCCAACCAAACACCUCACAGACUUCCUAAUCACCCUCUCUCUCUCUCUCUCUCUCUCUCUCUCUCUCUCAAUGUCAGCUUCUCUCCCCUUCCCCACAGAAUCUCGUAACAAGUGGAAGAAGAGGAAGCGAGACACCAAUCUCGGAAGCAACAGCAAGAGACAGAGACCCGAAGACGAAGAUGAAGAUGACGAGGAAGACGACGACGUCGAUGCUGACGAAGACGAAGACCUGCACCCCAUCAACCCCGCCGGCCCAACCCCCACCACAACCCCGUCAGCCCCUGGUGAUACCGGCCAGGACACUCGAGAAAGAGAGGUCCUUUCGGACGGGGGAGUUCGGAUUUCUGAUUUUCCGGCCGUGGUCAAGCACAUUGUGAACCGCCUACAUCCGUCUGUUCUCGCAAUCGUUGCCGCUGAGCGUGCCCUUCAGUUUGCAGACAACCGAACUCAGCAAAACCCUUACUUUUUCGAGAAUAUAUCUCAUGGACAGCUUCAGGCAUUGUCGGCUGUACCGGCCGACAGCCCGUCUCUAGCGCAAGCAGAUCAGGAUAGAGCCGAGGGUUCCUCUUUCGCUUACGUAAUUACUCCCCCAGCUAUAAUGGAAGGUCGGGGAGUCGUUAAGCGAUUUGGCAACAAUCGAGUGCUUGUCGUGCCGAUGCACGCGGAUUGGUUUUCUCCGAAUUCGGUGCACAGGUUGGAGAGGCAGGUGGUGCCCCAGUUUUUCUCCGGCAAGUCUGGGGAUCAUACACCGGAGAAAUACAUGGAAUGCCGGAAUCGGAUUGUUGCAAAGUACAUGGAGAAUCCAGAGAAGAGGCUAUCGUUUAACGAUUGUAAUGGGCUGGGUGUUAGUGUUGAAAUGCAUGACUUGAACAGAAUUUUUCGGUUCCUGGAUCACUGGGGAAUCAUUAACUACAGUGUGGCAACGAUUAACCAUGAACCUAGAAUUAGUGGGCAGUACCUGAAGGCGAAUCCCAAUGGAGAGCUGAUGGUCCCUUCGGCUGCCUUGAGGUCUAUUGAUAGUUUGAUUCAAUUUGAGAAGUCCAAGAGCAGGUUAAGGCCUGCAGACGUUUCUGCCUCGUCUUCUCCUGGUGAUGAAUUCUCUGAUUUGGAGAGCAGAAUUCGGGAAUGCUUAUCUGAAAACCACUGCAAUUGCUGCUCUCGGCCUUUGCCUCGUGUGCACUAUCAAUCACAGAAGGAGGCUGAUGUACUGCUUUGCUUGGAUUGCUUUCAUGAGGGAAUGUUUGUUAUUGGUCACUCAAGCAUGGAUUUCAUAAGGGUGGAUUCCUCAAGAGAUUUGUAUGAUCUCGACAGGGAUAAUUGGACCGAUCAGGAAACUCUUCUCCUUCUGGAGGCAUUGGAAAUCUACAAUGACAACUGGAAUGACAUUGCAGAACAUGUUGGCACUAAGUCAAAAGCCCAGUGCAUCCUUCAUUUUAUUCGUCUGCCCAUGGAGGAUAGCCUGCUGGAGAAUAUUGAAGUUCCAAGCAAAUCUAUCUCGUCUAGUGUGCCAAACACAGUUGAUGAUGGAAGACAAUAUGCAACUUCUAAUGGUGAUUGUGCAGGGGUUUCUAUUGCAAACCUUGAUUCUGAAAGCAGACUCCCAUUUGCUUCAGCAGGGAAUCCUCUUAUGGCCCUGGUUGCAUUUCUUGCUUCUGCAGUUGGGCCACGAGUUGCUGCAGCCUGUGCUCAUGCAUCAUUAGCAGCACUGUCCAAGGAGGACCACCAAGUAGCUGGUUCUGAUGGUGUCACACAAGUGGAAGGUGAAACUGUGGGAGUACAAGGAUUAUGCAAUCAGAAUGAUGCAAUUUCUUCUCCACUGCCCAUUGAAAGUGUGAGAAUUGCUGCAAAAUAUGGUCUGGCUGCAGCAGCAACAAAGGCAAAACUGUUUGCAGAUCACGAAGAACGUGAAAUUCAGAGAAUGGCUGCUACCAUUAUAAACCAUCAGUUGAAGAGAUUAGAGCUGAAGCUAAAGCAGUUUGCGGAGGUGGAAACCUUGUUGAUGAAAGAAUGUGAACAGGUAGAGAGGACAAGGCAAAGACUUGCAGCUGAACGGGCCCGGGUUAUGUCAACUAGGUUUGGACCUAUGGGUACCACUACUACCCUACCAGCUGCUGCUGCCACUGUUGCUGUGGUAAAUAAUAAUGCUGGAACCAGCAGGCAACAAGUCAUUUCAGCCUCACCUUCACAGACAAAUAUCUCUGGAUAUGCCAAUAACCAACUAAACCAUCCAAACAUAUUCAUGCCACGACAACCAAUGUUUGCUUUUGGGCCAAGGUUGCCCCUUUCUGCAAUCCACCAGCCUGUGACACCCACCACCUCCAAUGCCAUGUACACGUCCGCCCCAGGAAAUAUGCCCCCUGCCCUUAGUCAUCCAAUGUUAAGACCUGUAUCUGGAACAAACACUAAUGUAGGUUGACCACCGGAAAAUCGGUUUUUAUGCAGAGCUGUAUGAUUUAAUUGGACUCUC